AUUUUCAUCUUUCAUUUUUAAUUUGAUUUCUUUAUUUUUUUUUUAACAAAAAAACAUAAAAUAUAAUCACAUCAAUCGAAUCGAUAGAUCGGUCGGCGAACAUGAUUCGAUAGUCCUAAAACGAUAUAUAAAAAAUUUAUUUUGGAAAAUGGCAAAAAAUACAAAUAAAUUUAAAAGUUUAUUUAGUGGAAUUAAUCGUACAGGUGAACAAUUAAUAAAUUCAGUAUUGAAUAAUGCAAACAGUUCAAUCAAUUCAUCCGAUGUUGAUCUAAUAAAUCCAUCAUCAGAUGAAAAGGAAAGACGAUCAAGUUUAGCAUCAUCAACAAAUGAUAAUGAAUUAUCAUCAUCACCAUCGACAAAUGAAGCUGAAGGUUUUCUUUGUCCACAAUGUUUUGCUGCAUUUCCAAAUGCUGAAAUAUUAACUGAACAUUUUAGUUCUGAACAUUCAUCAACAUUUGGUGAUCAAAAUCUUUCAUUUGUUAAUUGUAAUCAUUGUCGAAUGCGUUUUACAAAUGAAUAUGAAUUAAAUCAACAUGUGGAUAAAUAUCAUAAUAAAAAAAAGUCAAAUAAAUCAGAUGAACCAUUAAUCGCACAAUUAGAUCAAUCAACUACAAAACAAUUGACUGAUUCAUUUUCACAAGUAUUGAAAUCUGCUUUCAAUAAUAAUAAUAACAGUGCAAAUAAUCGUCAGACUGAUACGGACAAAAUGUUUUCAACGGAAGAAUUUGAUCUACUACAACGACAACAAAAAGCAUUGGAAGAGACAAAAGAUUUACUAUUGAAUGAACUUUCAUUAUUACGAGAUUCAUUGUCAAAAAAAGACGAACAAAUCAAUCGUAUGGAUAGAGAUUUUCAACAAGAAAAACAAUUACUUGUUACACAAUUGAAUGAAGCAUUUCAACGAGAAAAAACUUUAUUAGAAAAUCUAAAUGCAUACAAAGAUCGAACAGUAAAUAAAGAUGAUGAAAUGAAUCGAUUAAGAAAAGAAAAUGAAAAUUUUCGUUUUGAAAUGCAACGUUAUGUAGAUCAAUUGGAAAAAAUAUCGAAUGAAAAAAUGCAACAAGAAAAAUUGUGCCAAAAAUUACAAAAAGAAUGUGAUUCAAAUCAAAAAAUAAUACUCGAUAUGACUACGAAAACAUCGGAUUCAUUAUCGGUAAUGACCAAUGAAAAAACCGAAUUAAUGAAUAGAUUACAACAAUUACAAUUAGAAAUGGAUUCAAUUAAAAAAAUGAAUGAAGAUUCUGAAAGACAGAUAAAAUGUUUACAGAUGAAAAAUUCUGAUUCAACAGAAUAUGAAAAACAAUUGGAAACAAUUGAACAGUUACGGAAAAAAGAAUUGGAUGAACAUCGAAAUACAAUUAAAAAACUUAAAAGUGAUAAAUUAAAAUAUCAGAAUAUAUGUCGUACUAGAAUGGAAAAAGUACGAUUAUUAUUAAGUGUUGAACAGAAUUCAACAAAACAAAUGCGCACAAUAUUGGAACAAACGCACAGAUUUAUUAAUAAAUCUAAUCAAGAAAUUAAACAAUUUGUACAAAAUGAAUCUAAACGUCACAAUGAUUUAUUACUUAAAUUAGAAAUUGAAUUAUCAACAUUUAUGGAAGAAAAAAGAGCUUUAUUGGAACGUUGUGCAACGGCCGAAGAACAGCUUGAUGGAACAAUAAAUGAAAUGAAACAAUUUGUUAAAAAAUGUGAAGAAAAUUCAAAAGCAGUACAAGAAUUAGGUGAACAAAAUCAAACAUUACAAAUACGUUUGGAUGAAGCAAAUAAUAAAUUAAGACGAUCAUGGACUGAUGAUCGUACAGUGGAUAAAUGUCAAAAUGAUAAAUGUCAAAAACAAUUUACAACUGUUAUACGAAAGCAUCAUUGUCGUAGUUGUGGAAAUAUAUUCUGUAAUGAAUGUUCAUCUAAACAGGCACAAAUGACUGGACAUCCAAAACCAGUUCGUGUUUGUGAUCAUUGUUAUCAGGAGCUUAAUCAAUCAUGAAUCUAUUCUUCUGUUUUGUUUUUUUUUUAAUUAACCAACAUCAUUCCAUUAUUUUU